AUGGCUCUCGGGAAUGGGACAUGUUAUAAGCCCAUGAAGGCAACCUCCAAUGGAGUUUUCCAAGGUGACACUCCCUUGGACUUUGCCUUGCCUCUCGCCAUCCUCCAGAUAUGCCUUGUUGUCGCCCUCACUCGUGCUCUCGCCUUCGUGCUUCGCCCCAUGCGCCAGCCUCGUGUCAUUGCAGAGAUCGUCGGAGGGAUAUUGCUUGGUCCAUCUGCAUUGGGGAGAAACCAUGAAUACUUGAACACACUCUUCCCAGUUAAAAGUCUCACGGUAUUGGACACUCUUGCCAAUUUGGGACUGCUCUUCUUCCUCUUCUUGGUGGGACUUGAAUUGGACCCCAAGGCACUCAAGAGGACAGGGAAGAAAGCCUUUGCUAUCGCCAUGGCUGGGAUCGGCCUCCCCUUCAUUAUGGGAAUAGGGACAUCCGUUGUCCUCCGUGGGACCAUCUCCAAAGGCGUGAGUGGACCUCCGUUCCUCGUCUUCAUGGGUGUGGCGCUCUCCAUCACUGCUUUCCCCGUCCUGGCUCGAAUCCUGGCAGAGCUCAAGCUACUCACUACAGACGUCGGUCGGAUGGCAAUGUCGGCCGCAGCUGUUAACGACAUUGCCGCCUGGAUUCUGCUCGCUCUCGCCAUUGCCCUCUCUGGCACAGGCUCCCCUCUGGUCUCCCUGUGGGUGCUUUUGUGUGGAGCAGGUUUCGUCAUAGCUUGUGUGGUCAUUCUGCCUCGAGUGUUCGCAAUGAUGGCCCAACGUUGCCCUGAUGGCGAGCCUGUCGACGAAAUCUACGUGUGCGCCACAUUGUGUUGUGUCCUGGCAGCAGGAUUCGUCACCGACACCAUCGGAAUCCACGCUCUUUUUGGAGCAUUUGUCGUGGGAAUCCUCGUCCCUAAAGAAGGUGCAUUCGCUGGAGCGCUAGUCGAAAAGGUGGAAGAUCUCGUCUCGGGUCUAUUCCUCCCAUUGUACUUCGUCUCGAGCGGAUUGAAGACCAAUGUAGCCACCAUACACGGUGCACAAUCAUGGGGGCUCCUCGUUUUGGUUAUCGUCACGGCUUGUUUUGGCAAGAUCGUCGGCACUGUGGUUGUCUCCUUACUCUGCAAAAUGCCAUUCCAGGAAGCAUUAGCCAUUGGAUUCCUGAUGAACACCAAGGGUCUAGUGGAGCUCAUUGUUCUCAACAUUGGCAGAGACAGAAAGGUUCUGAAUGAGGAAACAUUCUCAAUCCUAGUCCUGAUGGCUAUAUUCACAACGUUCAUCACUACUCCCAUCGUAAUGGCGGUCUACAAGCCCGCGAAACGAGAAUCGAAAACAGAGUACAAGCACAGGACAUUCGAGAGGCAAGAUCCAAGCGACCAAUUCAGACUACUGGCGUGCUUCCACUCAUCGAGGAACAUACCUGGACUGAUCAAUUUGAUAGAAGCUUCCCGCGGGACCGAAAAGCGGCAGGGACUCUGCGUCUACGCCUUGCAUCUCAUGGAGCUCUCAGAGAGGCCAUCGGCGAUCCUCAUGGUCCACAAGGCGAGGAAGAACGGGCUCCCCUUCUGGAACAAGAUCCAGCAGUCGGAUUCCUCGAAUCAGGUGGUGGUCGCCUUCGAGGCGUUCCGGCAGCUGAGCCGGGUCGUGAUCCGGCCCAUGACGGCGAUCUCUGCCAUCCACGGGAUGCACGAGGACAUCUGCGAGAGCGCAGACCGGAAGCGCGCGGCCAUGAUCAUCCUCCCCUUUCACAAGCACCAGCGGGUCGACGGAACCCUAGAGACGACCCGAAUUGAGUUUCGGAGCGUGAACCGUCGGGUCUUGGAGCGGGCAACCUGCUCCGUGGCGAUCCUCGUGGAUCGCGGGUUCGGCGGGUCGACCCAUGUCGCCGCGAGCAACGUUUCUUCGAGCAUCACCAUGUUGUUCUUCGGUGGCAAGGACGAUAGGGAGGCGCUGGCGUACGGCGCCAGGAUGGCGGAGCACCCGGGGAUCAGCUUGACGGUGAUGCGCUAUGUGGCGGGCCAGAAUUCGUCGGGGGAGAUCUCGACCGUUGAUUUGAACGACGGACCCGACUCGUCGCGGAUUUCAGAUGGUGAGUAUUUGGCUGAAUUUAGGAAGAGGAUUAGGGAGGACGGGUCGAUUAAGUAUGAGGAGAAAGUGGUGAACAAUCCGGUGGAGACUGCGGAAUCGAUUCGAGGGUUCAGCAAGUGUAAUUUGUUUCUGGUGGGGAGGUCCCCGGAGGGUCCGGUGGCGGCGUGCCUGAGCGCGAAGAUUGAGUGUUCGGAGCUGGGUUCGGUGGGGAAUUUCUUGACGUCGCCGGAGUUUGUGACGUCGGCGUCGGUGUUAGUGGUGCAACAGUACUCUACAGAGAAAAGGUUGACGCCGAGGCACAGCACGAUGAGCUCCGGGAAGGUGGCGGAGUUGCCUGUUGGGGAGAUGGAAGAGGGGAAAAUGGAGGUCUGA